AUGACUGCUCCGCACAGCCCAAUCAGAGAUGACGCUGACAGCAUCUACACCUUCGAUUCCAUCACUACAAGCGGCAGGUUGCUCGACCGCUUGGAUAUCAACAAGACCGAUUUGUACGAUCCUGACUUUGGAUUAAGAAAACGGGAUAGCAUCGCGUCAAUCCAAACCACAGGCCGGCUCUUGGACAGAUUGGGCCUUGAUGAUGAUUCGGAUGAUGACGUCUCCGUAUAUACCCCUCCACCAAUUAGAGAUCCAAGAGAAAGGCCAGUAACUAAUCCACUUGCUAACCUUGGACGUCACCCAAGCAAGAAAGGAUUGGCAUCCUUUGGAAGUUAUCAGCCUGAUAACAACCAGGAAAGUGACAGACUGGAUAACAAGGUAAACAUUAAGAAAAUACGGCGCAACAUUAUCUUCGAGAACGCUAACCCUUCUACUGAUUCCAUCAUUGCAGAUGUGGGCAUGAUUAAGAAGGUCGACAAUCACGUCACAUUCAAAUCAGAUCAACCAUUGCCACCUUUGCCCAAUCUCAAGAGAUCUUUGACAGUAGCGAACGGCAAUGCGAAGAACAUAUCCGCUUCUUCAAUUCCCCAGACUGCAGGAAUUAGUUACAAUUCUGAUGAGGACCACCCCAUUUCUGCCCUGUCUAGGCCCAUUGAAAUCUCACGGACGCCUUCUGCUCCAAUCAUAAGAACUAGAAGCACGCUGAAACAUGGGGAAAUUGGUCCGAAUGCAAGCUCAUCAAGACGAGUCGUUUCAGAAGGAAAUAACUCCCAGGGCGUAUCCACUCAUCCAGCAAAUAACCCUAUGAGUACUCUGCCAGUCUCGACAUCGAAUGAUUUGGGGCCUGAAACGAGAAUUAAAUUGGCUAAUCAAUUGCGCGCUAUGGGGAAACAUAGAGAAGCGUCAUAUCAAUUGCAGAUUGCUGCUAACAUACCCAACAAUUAUCCCAAAGCUAUGUACCAAUACGCGAUAGCAUUAAAAGCUGGACAGGGUGUUAAGCAAAAUGAUCGUCAUUGUAUCAAAUGGCUUUGUAAAUGCAUAUUGAUCGAUUUCCAAUCUAUUUCCCACCCUCAGCACUCUUUUUCGUCACUUCAAGUCAUUAAGUUUGCUGAGAAAUUGAACCAGUUCCAGCCAGAGGAUUUGAUCAAAUUGAUUUUAAAACAAAUGGACCAUACAUUAAAGUCAAACCCUUUGAAGCAUGGUACUGAACCAAACUUAGUGUAUGAAGCUUUUACGAAGCUUUCAAAAACCCAAAUCAACAAAAUUGCUAUCAUCUCCAAGAAUCAAACGGAUGUUGUGUCAAUGUCGUAUCAUGAUCUAGGCAAAACAUUGUUCAAUGGAUGGGGCUUGAAUAGUAAGGAUGAAGUGAACGGAAUUAAACUUCUCUCCAUGGCAGGAUCCAUGGGUAAUGUCCAUUCCAUGAUCGAGCUAGGUGAGAUAUGGAGCUCUAAAUCCAAGUUCCAUAAGAAGGAUUUUUACAAAGCUGCAGCCUGGUUAAGAUCCAGUGAGAUUUUCGGAUUUAAAUCCAUAGGAAACAGUUGGAUAUACAAAGAGAAGUAUCUCCAAAAAUAA